AUGCUUCUUUGCCUACGUUCUUUAAUAUAUUGCAUUGUUGUCACUGGCGUUUGUGCCCUGGAACAUAAUAUAUAUAUUAUAAAUUCUAAUUAUUUGACAAGAAGUGAAGAUUUAAUUCAAACGAAAGAUUUAGAUCUUGACAAUUUCCUACAAGAGGCUGACCCAGAUCACACUGAGAAAGUAUCAAUACAAUUGUACUAUGAAACCUUAUGUCCAGACUGCAUACAAUUCGUCAUUAGGAAAUUUACUCCUGUGGUACAAAGCUUGAGCCCGUAUUUAAAUAUUCAAAUCUACCCGUACGGAAAAGCGAAGACGUUUGGACGUAACGGACGGUACGAAUUUAAAUGCCAACACGGCCCUGAAGAAUGCUAUGGAAACAAAUUGCACGCCUGUGCGAUAGACUUUUUGCAGAAUAUGACUCAAGCAGUAUUCUUCAAUGCGUGCAUGUUGGAGCCAAGAAACGGAAAACACGGCUCCAACGAUAAGGCAGCCGAAGCGUGCGGUACGGAGCAAAAUGUUGAUGCAACUCCAAUAAAACUAUGCGCGAAGGGAGACAAGGGAAGUCGGCUUUUGAAGUACUACGGAGACGAAAGUAAAAAGGCAAACUUUAACUACGUCCCGUACACCUUGAUUAAUGGUAAUAUUAAAGACGGCGAUAACUUUCUGAAUGACGUCUGUGCAGCGUUUAAAAAUGCCCCGCCUCCGUGCCGUAAAUUAAUAAAAGAAGAACACAGCUACAAAGUUGUGACAUGCCGAAGUGACCAACUUUCACAGCACUCUGAAACAGUUUAUCUGGUCAUAUAUUAUGAAAGCUUGUGCGGAGAUUCCCGGGAUUUCUUCACAAAGCAGUUAACGGCAGCAUAUGAAUUACUAGAGCCUUUUUUGGAUGUGCGUUUAAUACCAUAUGGAAAAGCAACCACAAGAAUCGUAGAUUCUAAUGAAUAUUACACUUUUAAUUGUCACCACGGUCCGUCGGAAUGUUAUGGCAACAAGUUACACGCUUGCGCAUUAGAUAUAUACACUUUCCAAAACAGUGCUAACAAAUUUAAUGCAUGUCUAAUGGACACCGCACACAAGGCUCGGGGCUCAGACGAUACUGCUGUGAAUAUCUGUGGCGCUGCUUUAGCCCUAGACGUCAAAGGAAUAAUGGAAUGCGCGAAAAAUAAGACGGGAAUUUUUUUGCUGAAUUAUUACGGGCAGCGAACGAAAAUGACGAAAUUUAAAAAGGAGGGCCGUGCCGAGUUCGUCUCGACAGGACACGUGUUGUACUCGGACAGGGGUGAAGAACCUGACGGGUCGGGCGAUAAGCGCGAUACGGGCCGCUCGUUUAUUAUAAAUCAUGGAAGUUAUUGUGGCUGCCUC